AAUAAUAUUUUUGUGAUCAUUUGAGGGAAUAGAAUGUAUCGGCUUGGAUUGAGCUACUUUGAGGUGGCAUUGCGGAAUCAAGUGGUUAGAAGAAAUGCAUUCGCAUCCCCGUUGCACAAUGUGGAUGUGGUUAAUGAGCAGUCACAUCGUCCGAAUGGGGACAAGGACAAGGAGACGGGUAAGCCGGAUAACGAGGCUGGCAAGGUCAGUCCCAAAGAUGGCAGCAUGCGUCAAGUCAAGGUGGAGACGAAGCUCAAGCUCAAUGAGAAGCGUAUGAAGACCUUGGAAAUAUAUCGCUGGAAGCCCGGCGAUCAGCCAACAAUGCAAAAAUACCAGUUAGACUUGGAUGAGUGCGGCCCCAUGGUCUUGGAUGCACUCAUCAAGAUCAAGAGCGAAAUUGAUCCAACUCUGACCUUUCGACGCUCGUGUCGUGAGGGCAUCUGUGGGUCGUGUGCGAUGAACAUCGAUGGACUCAACACGCUGGCCUGCAUCCACGAGCUCGAUACGAAUGUGGCCAGGACAAGCAAGAUUCAUCCACUGCCGCAUCUGUAUGUGAGGCGAGAUCUGGUGCCCGAUAUGGAUGAGUUCUACAAUCAAUACCAGUCCAUUGAGCCCUGGCUGCAGCGCGACAACAUCAGCGAGGAGCUGGGCAGGGCGCAGUAUCUACAAUCGGUCGAGGAUCGCAGUAAGCUCGAUGGCCUCUACGAGUGUAUAUUGUGCGGGUGCUGUCAGACCUCGUGUCCAUCCUACUGGUGGAACAGUGACAAGUAUCUGGGACCGGCUGUUCUAAUGCAAGCAUAUCGCUGGAUCAUCGACUCUCGGGACGAGGCCGCCGAACAUCGUCUGGGCCAGUUGAUCGAUACCUGGAAACUCUAUCGCUGUCACACCAUACUCAACUGCAUCAACACAUGCCCCAAGAAUUUGAAUCCGGCCAAGGCUAUUCUGCAACUGAAGCAGCUGCUUCAGGGCACAACAAAGAAGUGCAAACCUAAACUUCAGACCGAUGAAUUGUUCCCCAAUCAAAUCUAGAAUUGUUCAAAUUUUAAUCUUGACGUUUAUGAUAGUAUUCAUUGGCUGCUGGGACUUUUUUAAAAUACUUACUCACUCCUGCAAUCACUGAACCAG